UGUAACAAAUCGCAAUCUGCAGUAAUUUCCAAUUUUUAGAAAAAAACAUAGAUUUUGACGAUAUUUUGCCCCAUCAGAACAAACAUCAAGAUGGGGCGAAGGUCAAUCAAUACCACGAAAAGUGGGAAAUAUAUGAACCCCACAGAUCAGGCCCGAAAGGAAGCCAGGAAAAAAGAAUUGAAAAAGAACAAGAAACAGCGUAUGAUGGUUCGUCAGGCGGUCCUCAAGGGAAAAGAUCCCCUGAAGUUACUUGAGGAGAUGGAGCACAUUGAUCAGAUGGAAUAUGAUCCAACAACUCCACCAGCCCUGAAUGAGAAAGUCCUGAAAGAUAAGAGGAAGAAACUCAAGGAAACAUUUGAUCGAGUUUAUCGUCUUUAUGAAAAAGAAGACCCAGAAUAUGCCCUGGAACUGCGAAAAGCAGAGAUCGAUUACGACAAAAAGAGGUCCAAAUUAAUCACAUAUUAUGAACAAGUCAAAUUCACCGAAAGAGUUCAGCUUGACCAAAUUCCAAUUCCUGAUAUGCCAACGGAAAAUGUUGCACCAGCCCAGAUUCCACUGCCAAGUGAUAUUCCAUUACCGACACUUCAGAAUCAACCUCUUCAUGGUAUACUUAAAGCAAGAUCCGCAUACGAUGGUACAAGAAAACCAAGACGACUCAAGCCACCUGGCCCUCCCCCUGGGACACCGCCAGAGCUCAGUGACAGUGAAACUGAGAUGGAGCACGAUGCAAGGCAUUCUCCAAUAGUACACAAUACCCCACUUGAUGAGGAAACCCCGAUGGUCACUGCAGAGCCUGAACUUGCCCCUGCGCCUCUUUACCGACGUAUCAAAGUACGAAGACACAGAAAGAUAAGAGUAAAAGUUUUGAGAAGGAGAAAGAAGAUUAAACCACCAAAAGAACCUGAAGAGGAAGUGGAAGAUCAGGACGCUUUGAUCAGAAAAUACUUGCCAAAGGCUCGGGGUGCACCCACUGCUCUUCAGAUCAAGAUGUUAAAGUUGGCCGGACAGGAAAUCCCUGAUACACCGGCAGAGGAGCCACCCAAGGAGGAGGAGAAAGAAGAAUCAAGUUCGGAGUCAGAAGAAUAUGAGACAGAAACGUCCGACUCGGAAACUGUAACAGAAUCUGAAGAUGAGGAGGUUCCUCCUGCACCGGUAAAGCCAGAUCUCAGCAGACUUGGUGACGGGCCUCCAGGGGUGCAACCUAUCUCCUUUUCGCUGACGCCCCGUACCUCGAUAGCGACAUCAAUGGCUGGACAGUUGGGGCAUGAAGGACCAGGGCACGUUGCAGCCUCUGGUGCACACCCAGGUCCACCACCAGGCGUACCCCCUGGUCCACCACCAGGAGCACCACCACUAAUGUUCAGGCCACCACCAAUGCGGGGUGGUCCCCCUGGUGCACCUCCAAGGAUGUUGCCACCUGGUCCUCCUCCUGGUCGACCACCUGGUAUGCCACCUGGCCCACCUCCGGGUCUGCCACCAAAUGUUAGAGGUCCUCCUCCAAGGAUGCCGCCGGGACCUCCUGGUAUGCCUCCACCAAGGAUGAUCAGACCACCGCCCGGUAUACCUCCGGGCAUGCCUCCACCUGGAAUGCCCAUGGCCUCGGGUCCCCUCGGUAUGAAUCCGAAUGUGCUAAGCGCCCCUCCAAGCAUCAUGAAACCACCACUCAAGUCACAAGAAGAUGAGAAAAAGAGCACUGCUACUAUUGAGGCUAAACCGCAAAUUAAGAAUUUGGUUGGUGACGUCACAAAGUUUCUGCCAACUUCGUUGCGAGUGAAGCGAUCAGUCAAGGAUGCGAAACAGAAAGUUGUGGUUAAAACAAUUCCGAGAAAAGAAGAGGAAGCUAAACCCACUGCUAAGCCAGCUCCGGCCGUUCAGACACAGACCAAGGACGAUGUGUAUGAUAUGUUUAUGAAAGAAAUGGAAGGUCUUAUAUAGGAGUCGAAUCUCUAUUAGAUGGAGAAUAUGAUAAGAUCUAAAAUGCUUUUGUUGAUGUCAGGACAGUUCGAAAAAGUACACACCAGCUCUCGACAAGGUUAACUUCGAAAAGACUGUCUAUGGGAACACUAGAUGACCAACCCGAGUUCACUCUUUCCCAUUGAUUUGUGUUCUGUGUUUAGGCCACUGCUGACCAGGGUCCAAUAAAAGGCUAAUAGCUAAUGAAAAGGCAGUCACAAAGGUGAUCUAUGUAAAAAACUUACCAUCAGUCAGGCUUGAAGAAUAUUUUCCAAGGGCUAUUAAAAUAUCGAAAUAAGUAGGUUCAGACUGUCUGUUUAUGAGUAAUGAUGUCUCGUUGUCACUGAGUAGCAAUUUCUAAUAGCCAUCAUUAUCAUGUGCAGUCCUCAUUGGGAUGGAGAUGCUAGUUUGCAGUGUCCACUUAGAUCAAAGAAGUUAAUGCUGUAUCCAUGUUGUGAUAGAAGGAAAUUUGCCAAUUAUGAACAAUUGAGAAGGACAGGUUGAAAAGGACAGUGCUUCUUCUGUGCCUCAUUAUGUUGUUCAGAUAUUAGAGUGGCCUCAAAACGUCUACAUACAUGCACAGGGGUGGAUCCAGUAGCCGGAAAAAAAGGGGGUGGGGCAUGCAUUGCAUUUCUCGUCAAAAUUCCUGGUGUGUUCCAAAGUUGUAUGGUCAAUUUCAAAGAUUUUUAAUGGAAUAGGGGCCCCACCACCUUGGAUCCGUACCUGAUGCACAUGAAAUUUGUUUGACGAAAUGAUGAGAUGACAUUGUUCAGCCUGUUGGGUGGCAGCAAAAUUUCAAAAGAAGUUUCAACAAACAUUUUUUAAAUCUUUAUUUUACAACAGUUGUAACAAUUACAAGGUGUGCACAUGUCUGUUGAUUGUAAAUAAAAGAAUGAUUUAUUAAACGAAA